AGAUCUGAAAUGUCUUAAAUAUGUCUCCUUCCUCCCAUCAAUUGAAGGCAAUAUUUGCCCUUCUCAUUAUAUGUAUGGUGUCUGUGAUUGUGUACAACGACCACUACAAGGGCACUUUCGGUGUGAUAAGGAACGCCUUCCCCGACAAGCCCAUUGCGAUGACCGAUUGGCACGGCGAGAAAGCCUGGAGGCCUCAGAACCCGCCCGCUCCGCCAGCGCCUUCUCCUGCCACUACUGUCGCUACAACCAGUGCGGGCGCGACGGAGGCCCCGCCGAAGGGCCUCAAGAUCCUGGUCCUGAGCUCCGUCGGGCGCAGCGGCUCCUCCUUCCUCGGCGAACUCAUCGCGCAGCUCCCGGACUCACUCUACUUCUUCGAGCCGAUGAUGUUCAACUCCAAAGCCACAACGGAGGGCGUGAAUGCCAGGGUCACCUGGGAUCUCCUUAAGAACAUCUUCGGCUGCAGAUUCGACCACGAUUGGCUCGUCUUUGCGCGGAGCCGGAGUCUAGUGCGCAAGAAGGAGGGGAAGCCGUGCGCACGGUCGCGCGGAGAGGGGGCCGGCGCUUGCCUCAGGGAUCUCUGCCUCAACCAGACCAACAUCGUGGUCAAGGUCAUACGGAUGCGGGUUUCGUGGCUGGCCGACCUCCUGCUGGAGUCGGGGCCGGAGCUGAAGGUCGUCCACCUGGUGAGGGACCCCAGGGCCACCUUCAGGUCCUCCAGAAUGUUCGUGAAGACGCAGAAGGACUACACGGAGCUCUGCCCGAGGAUCCUGGAGGAUCUGCAGAUGAUUGACACCGUAAAGAAGCUAUUUCCGGGGCGCGUGACCUCAGUAAAGUUCGAGGACCUCUGCCUCGACCCGAAAGGCGUCGCCACCGAGCUGUGGCGGUUCCUCUCGGGCGCGCGUAGGGCCGCCCUCCUGCCCGCGUGGGCGCUGUACCUCGCCGAGCACACCGACGGCGCCAACACGAGAGGCAACGCCUACAGCACGUGGAGAGACACCAGGAAGGAGGCCGAGGCGUGGAGACAGGAGAUCGGGAGAGAGCCUGCUGCUGGGCGUGGAGGAGCACUGCGGCGGCGCCAUCGCCCUGCUGGGCCACAACAAGUUCCACUCGCUGGCCACCGCCCGGAACCUGUCCUUCCCCCUGCGGUGGGCCGAGAAGCCCUUGUACACGCUCGUCUGAAUCCUGCAGGUGCCGCGGGGCCGAAGGGACAUAACAGCAUGGAAUAAACAUCCGCCCUCGAAGGGAACCGCCGCUUAAAAGGGCACGAGCGUAAGAAGAAAGGGAGAGACACUGCAGACGGCCCAAGCCCCCCAGGGUCCAGCUCCACACCUCGUCCUCCACCCGGGAACACGGGGGUCUCUUGGGGCUUCAUCUACCUUCAGAAA